AAACAACCUUAGAACUUGCGCCCAUCCUUGUAAUCAAUUUAAAACAUCAAAAUAAUUUCAAUUACUCGUAUUCAGAUACAUCUUUCCAAAUACAUAAAGAGCUAUAUAUGGAUCGAUACUUGUCAGAGAAUAAGAAAAAUAUAGAAGAAAAAUGGAAUCAAGUUGAAACGUUGAAGAGAGAACUCGAGAGGACUAGUUAUCAAAUUGACAAAAUUUUGAAAUUUCAGGGAAAACAUAGUGGUACUGAGCUACUCAAAGGUUCUAUCGAACAUUUUAAAUGGAAAUGCAGUAGGGCCAAAGAGAAAGGUGAAUCGUAUGAUGAUGCGGAACGAACAUUGAUGUGGUUAAUGGAUGUCCAGGAAAGGGUAGAACGAAAGUUCAAUGCUCUUCUUGAAAAAAAAGUUGAUCACGAACAGAACAUCAAGAAAAUAUUUGACACGCAAGACAUGAAGAAGUGUCUUUAUCGUCUUAAAGCGGUUUUGGUUCAUGAAGGGCAAACACAUUGGGCUUACAUAUGGGUUCCAAGAGAUGGGAAGGGUGAUAGCCAUUACACUAGCGCAUUUGAUGACGGUAGCUGGAUGAAAUUUCACGAUACAAAUGUCGAAAAGGUUUAUGAAGAUUUAGUGCUUAAAGAGACCGUUAACAAUUAUCAUUCAAUCAAUACCAUUUACGCACUCAUCUAUGUCGACCAUCAAUAUGAUCAUACUUUUCCUAAUAUCACGGAUGUGAUUCCUGCUUCUCUCAAGGAGUUUGUAAACAGGGAUAAUCGUUUGUUCGAGGAUGAAUUACAGAGUCAACAUAGAAGUCAAGAGGAUAUAUCUGAGAUUACUGUGGACAUCGACCAUGGAACAUGGGGUUCAGACUCUACAGCAUAUGGAACUUCAUCGGAUUUUGACUACUUUCCGGAACAAGCAAGCAAUACCAAAAGCUAUCAAUCCACGAUGCUUAAAAGGAUAGAGUUAUUUGGUGUCAAACUCGGUCAGAUUGAAGUUGUAAAAUCACUGUUGGAAGAUUAUAAAGAUCAAUCUGUGAGUAAUUCUUUGGAUUGGAAUGAACCAAUUCCCCUUCAAUCCGGUUAUCGCGGGAACGCUAAAUAUAGCGCAAUGGUUGAAGCCUACGACAACUUUAAGUUUACAACUAUGUAUAUCAUGGAAGGGUUGGAACAAUCUUUUCAAGACCAAUAUAAACAAGGACUGGGAUAUUUCCAUCAGGCGUUGGUACUGGAGAAAUUGUGGGUUGCCGAGUGUGAAAGUAAAGGGUUUAAUGGAACAAAUUUGGACCGCACAGAAUUCAUUAACACAUUUGCAAAAGCUUUUCUAAAGAUUCUUAACGACGGUGCUUUGGAAAAAGCUAAAGAUCCCAAGUCUUUUCCUGAAGGAGUUGAAAACGCGCUUAGUGUAUUGAAGAUCUGCAUAAGUUUUAAGUUCAUACGUGAUGGAUUUUUAGAUGGAUUGACAGAGGGAUGGCUCAAUCUUAAGAAAAAUAUUGAGAAAGAUAUUGAUGAUCAUGCUACCUAUGAGAAAUUAUCACUAUUAAUUUCAUCCUACAGGUUAUCCGAAAUUCCUUGUGGCCUUGAUAUCAAAUUCAGUUUUGAUAAUUUGUUAGAAAAUCUCGAGCCACCUAAAGCUAUUGAUGAUGAUUCAUUGGCUCAACGCUACACUGAAUGUUUAAAGAAAUGCAAGACUCAAUUCAAAGAUGUUGCACAAGCAAUAGAAUUGAUUUGA